AUGGUUAGAAAAACAAGAAAUGAUAAAAAAGAUACAAUCUGUAAACGUUGUGGUCAUGAAUGCUCAACACUCCAAAAACUUUGUGAGCAUCUUAAGCGAAAAAAUCCAUGCAGACCAAAAACUGAUACUCCAAUUCAAGCACCAAUUCAAGUUAUUCAAGAAGUUAACCAACAAUCCGUUCAAGAAGCUAAUCAAGAAUUACCCACUCAAACACCUAAUAAAGAUACUAAAGAUAACGAACAAAGAAAAAAGCAAGAUAAAGGAAAAAAUCGAAGAAGGGAAAAACCAAAAGAGGUUAUCCCAACAUCUGAAACUUCUAGUCGAAAAGAGGAUACAUAUAAAGGAAAGCAGUUUAUUAGCCAGGAAAAAGCAGACAGAUGGGUCAAUCCAAAUGCCCGAAAGCUAGGUGAGCAUUAUAAGUUAUGGGGAGCAAGAUUAUAUAAAAGAUGGGUACAAGAUCUUGGACUAGGAGAUUGUAAAAGACCAGAAAACUUAAAUGAUUGCAAGCUUCUUUGCACUGGUCGAAAUCAAAAAAAUCGGACAUAUGGAAAAUCGGCCAAAAAUCAGACCAAAAUUGACUAA